UUUUGACUCCCUUAAUUUCCCUUUUAGGGGUUGAAGGGCAAAGACAGAUUUUGAGAGUAAGGCAGGUCCAUGAGUCAUCUUUGUGUUGUGCUUUGAAAUGAUGUGGCAUGUGCACUUUGAAACUGUGACAGGACACAGUACACAUUCAACUGCGAAAGUCUAUAUGGAGAACAUCUCAAAAAGAAACCUUGCAGUUUUCUUUAGGUUUAUCCGGCACUGCGUCGUGUGAUGGAGCCCAGAGGUCAAGGCUGGCAUAUGCCAGGCCAUCAGUACCAGUCUAGUGAGAGAGACGACCACUACAGAUCCUCCCAGCAAACACCGUAUUACUACCCACCAACAGACCCAAGAGGGAGAGAAAGGCAGUGGCCGCACGUGGAUCCUCGGUAUGGAAGCUACAUGGCCAGUCCUCCUCCUAAACCAGAGUAUAUUCCUGGAUAUAGCAGCAGUUAUGCAUCAAACCAACCAUUGCACUUCAGACCUCAUUCCAGGCAGGAAUAUGACUACCCCACUUCCAGCUACUGGCCUUACAGAGAAGACUACGGGUAUUAUGAUUAUCAUGGUUAUCACAGACCACAGUACAGCUCCCCAGAUGGUGCUGGCUGGAGCCAGACAGACGGUUGGAGAACAGAGGGCUACCAGGGCAGCGGACUGCAGCAGGAGUCUUCAAGAGCUUCAUACAUAGAUCAGCAGGGCUAUAGCCUUAGAACAGACACCCAAUAUGGUGUCUCAGAGAGACAGCACAGAGACAGUAUGGAAAAUGGAGAUGGAACUGGAGAGGUGUAUGAUAGUGGAGCUCUUGCCAGCUCUAAAGCAUCAGGCCUGUCCUCGAGCAGCUAUGAGCUCAGCCAGUACAUCAAUGGAGCUGAACAGAGUGAACCAGAUCUCAUAUCUCACACAGAUGCUGUACCCAUGGAGGUAGUCCCACUAAAGUUCUGCAUCCCUCAUGUGGCAGUGAGUUUUGGCCCUGCAGGUCAGCUGGUAUGGGUCAGUCCAGCCCUUGCCUCUGAGGGUGAGCCUGCUCAAGUGGAGCUCCACAGCUUGGAGGUAAUUCUCUGUGACACACAAGAACAGCAAAAUAUGAGAGACUAUCCUGGACCACUGGCUAGGGAGGAUUUGCAUAAGGUUGAUGCUAUUAACUUUGCCCUGCAAAUGUCAGAGGAAUGUCUGAAGGAUGAAAAAUUAGAAGAUGCCACUUCUGCUGCCCUCUUGUGGCAUCUCCUAAUACUGCUAUGCAGACAGAAUGGAAGAAUUAUGGGUUCAGAUGUUGCAGAACUGCUGAUGAGGGACUCCAUGAGUACGUGUGGUGAGCUUGCAGAUGGAGAAAGCCUCAUUGACCUUAACGAAACCCCCACACCAGAAAAAGAGACCCUCAAUAUUGCCGACCUUCUCACUGGAUACCCACCAACUGACAAAGCGGCGACAGAGCAAAACCUUCAGAAUUACACAAAACUAUUGCUGUCUGGCAGGAAGAAGGAGGCGCUGGAGUCAGCCAUGCAGAGUGGACUUUGGGGACAUGCCCUAUUUCUGGCCAGCAAAAUGGACAUCAGAUCCUACAACACGGUGCUGAGCAGAUUUACAGGCAGUCUGGCUCCGAGUGACCCACUGCAAACGGUCUUCCAGCUGCUCUCUGGGAGAAUUCCAGCGGUUUCCAUGUCCUGGAGUUGUGAGAAGUGGGGAGAGUGGAAACCACACUUGGCUGUUAUGCUGUCCAAUGAGACAGCAGACCCGAUCGUACAUCACAGGUCCAUCAUCACCAUGGGUGAUACCCUAGCCUCCAGGGAUAUGCUGUAUGCCUCUCAAAUCUGCUACCUCAUAGCCCAAUGUCCAUUUGGCUGGUACAAAAACAGUUCAGAGCGCUUGGUGCUUCUGGGCAGCAAGCAAAGUGUACAGUUUUCCAAGUUCUGUCACAACUCUGCCAUUCGCUGUACUGAACUGUUUGAGUACUGUCAAAGGCUUGGAAAUGCUGAAUUUAUCAUUCCUGCUUUUCAGGUGUAUAAAUUCCUGUAUGCAUGCCGGUUGCUGGAAUGUGGUCUGUUUUCUCAAGCCUUCCACUACUGUGAAGUGGUGGCAAAAGCUCUGCUCAGGAUAGAGGAACCCCAUUUAGUGCUGCUUGGAGAGCUUAUUAAAAUGGUGGACAGACUGAAGUUCUCUGAGGCACAGCUCAGUGAUACAGGUGUCAGUCAGCCUUUUCUGGAUCCUGACUGGCUGGUGCAGAUUCGCUGCAGACACCAGACCAUGCUGGUGGGGGACUACUGUAGUGAGACAUACCAGUCACCAGUCGAGGAGACUACUUGGACUCAUGAGGACAGCAACAAGUGUUCAGAUUUUUUAGAAGGUUCCCAGACAGAGGCAGUUAACCAUGCAAGCACUGAAAAUGAACCCUCAAACCCAUCUCAAUACAUGAUUCCACACACUGAUGGCCGGUUUCAGGAGUCUUACUCACCAGCGUGCCUUUCUUCUGAAGAACAGGCUCCUAGGACUGUUGCCCCUGUGCCACUGUACCCGACCCAGCAACCGGUGACACUGCCCCCAGUCUUCCCUAUGGAAAUGUUUGGGCCUCCACCAGUUUCAAUAGACCAAAGCCACACUAAUCUUGAUAGCAGCAGUAAACAUGAUACCUUUCACAGUCACACUGCUGCUUACACUUCGCCUCCAAAAAGCUACAGUAAUACAGGUGGUGACUUUUCUGCUGAUGCAAUAAUGGGUGCUGCUGAAAACAACGCUGUAGUUGAGAGUGUUAAUCAGUCUGGGACAAAUCCAAGUGAGGACAACAAUAGAGAGGCCAACACACUAUCAGCUACGAGCUCCAAGCCUGGAUGGUUCAGUGGCUGGUUCAAGUCCAAGCCUAAAGAACAAAUCCCAGACCCCAAUCCUACCACAAGGGAGUCAUCAGCCAACUUUCCUUUCCCUUCUCCUCCUCCACCCAUUGCCAAGGCUUCACAGGCUCAAUUCAGUGGGUUCAAUCCCUCUUCUAGGAGUGCUGGACAAAACAUUUCUGGACCCGUGAAUCAGAAUCAAGGGUACAUGUCACAGGGUCCAUAAUGAAGGUCUACACUGAAGAAUAAUCAUCAGCUGUGGAACUCAAGGAUGCACUUUUGGGUUCCAGCCCACUGAGUCCAGUGAUUACAUGACUAAGGGAUCUCUCAGCCAAACCCAUGCAGUUCCUCUGGAGAGGGUCAGAGGAGCGUCUGUGUCUUCAUAUACAGUAACAUCUGUGGUUACAGAAAUACAUUGAGGACAUAGGGUUCUUGAAAUAAUCUGUAAAGGGUCUGGUGUCCUUUCGUCUUUGAAUGAAGCCGUUGAACAGCUGAAGCACAGCUCCCUAUGCUGACUCUUGGGAUUUGUGUUAUUCCCCGUGGGGCCGGGAACAUGAUGGAAUGGGUGCUGAGCAAAGGUGCUGUGACCCAUGGAAACAUGAACUUAAACUGUCACCACAGCUGGCAAUGUCAGUAAAUUGUGUAACACAUAACACCGCCCCCAAUUUCCCACCUCCGUACAUGCAAAAUUAUUUGAAUCAUUUAAGUGGCUUUUCACAAUUCAUAUGUUUGGGAUAGAGAGCCGGACACUAGUGAAGAUGUGGGAAAUGUUGUAAAUUGGAAAGUGAACAGGUGGUCCCAUUGGGCCACAGCCUUGAUUUAUCCCAGAUGGAGAUAUAUUGAUGUUUUAAGUUGUUUACUCAAUAUCUCUUCCAAAACUGUAUUCAAAAUUGUUGUAAAACUUUCUAAUAAAAAUCAAUUGUAUUUGUA